AUGGAUGAUGAUACGCAUGAAAUAGAAGAAGCGAACACAUCGACCAACGCCUCCCCCCGACAGAGUUGCCUAACCCCGCGUAGGCAAGCACUAGCCGAUUCCAUGAUGGAAUCGGUCAAAGCAUACGUUUCCAAGCUCAGACCUGGAGAUCCACCCACCAUCUACAAAGUCCCACAAAUAAUCCGGCAAGAAAAAGAGGUUGCCUAUGAGCCUCAGAUCGUGUCAAUCGGCCCAUACCAUAACGGCAAGGAGAAGCUACAAGCCAUGGAAGAGCACAAAUGGCUGUACCUACAUUCGUUCCUCUCCCACAACACCAAAUAUAAGUUGGAGCACUACCUCAAGGCGAUGUCGGAAUGGGAGGAUGAAGCGAGAAGUUGCUACUACGACAAUGUCGACCUGCAGGUGGGCAACGAGUUUGUGAAAAUGAUGGUGCUUGAUGCUUGCUUCAUUGUCGAGCUCCUUCUCAGGUUCCAUCAACUGUUGUUACUUCUCGAGGAACAUUGGGAGGAGUUCGAGGAAAACGAGGAGGGUCUCGGUCUUAUUUCUGCAAUAGAUAAGUUCUUUUUACAUUCAAAUGGCUUCAAAGACCCGGUACUUGAUUCGAUUAGGAUGGUGUUCCUUAUAGCGUUUGAUAUGCUCCUCCUUGAAAAUCAAAUUCCUUUCUUCGUUCUGCAGCGUAUUCUCGAAAUGGCUUAUCCAAAUAAGGAACCACAUUUCCUUGCGGAGAGCGCCCUCCAUCUCUUCGAUCAAAUCAUGACUAGGAAUAAUGAAAUUCAGAUCAAGGAUUCCUAUCAUCAUCUACUCCAUUUAUUCCUCUCGCAUUUGAAACCAACACUAACUCAUAGUAAGGAGGAGCCCAACCUUUCGUGCAGUCCUAAAAUCAAGCUCAAGCCCAACCUUUCGUGCAAUCCUAAAAUCAAAUCCGUCCUCAACAAGUACUUGAAGAAUCUACUCAUCAUCUUCCUCCCAUGUUCAAAUAAGGCCCCGUCGCCUAUUCCUGAACGGGCGAGAUGA